GUGUUUAUCUCGAUUGCAGGAAGCUAAACGGCUUGACGUUCUUGCGAUAGAAUUUGUUGCUUCAAGAACGCCAGGUUACAAGUUUCUGCAUCUGGAAAAAGUCAUCAAACGCCAUGUGUGAAGAAAAAAUAAACCUAAACACCACCUAAAAUCAAUACCGACCGGAAGGCGGUCGUGUGGUUCUGUGCGUUGAUGUGUGUUCGCCGUCUUAUCCAGCUUCACUUUUGCAGAUUUUCUACCACCGACCGAUGUGAACAAUUCAAUUUGAACCAUGCAUUUUUGAUAUACCACCCGACGCAUACCAAAUAGGAAUUGAUUUUGUUCAUCAUUGGGUGGUUUGGUAGAAGAUUGUUACCGUCGAUUUGCAUCGAAUCCUGUAAACCGUAAGUGCAACGUGCAACGGGUCUUUCGUUUGGGGUAAUUCGGUUUCCGUAAACGGGUCCGGGGAUUAUCUGUUGUGUAAAAAAUGGCCGCUCCUGAUUGUGAACUUGUCGAGGGCGUGAUGAACCCUCCGCCCGAGUGCCCGAUGGCCAAGAGACGUAAAGUCGAUGAAGCAACGGUUCCAGAAGCGGUGAACAUGAAAGAUAGCGAAUCGGACGAAGAAGAAACUCCGAUGGAUGCUACUUCGGGCGCUAUAGACCCGGGUGACAAUCUUCGUGAGUUUGAUGUCCUCGACGAGGUGCAGGGAGACAAUUCGGACGAGGAUUCGGAAACGGGCGGUGGUGAGGCCGAUGAUGGAAGUUCGGAAGGAUCGGACGUCAAUUAUGACGACAUUGAAUCCAUGCUCGAUGAAGGUCUUCCGGAGGAACUGAAAAACACGAACAAGAAGCAACCGUACGAGGAACGCUUCAAGCAGGUGCUGGAAGAGAAGGGUCGCAAUCAUUUCGAGGUACUUCCGGAGGGUUGGGUUCAGGCAACACACAUGAGCGGCAUGCCACUUUACCUACACAAGGCGUCACGCGUUUGUACCGCAUCGAGACCUUACUUUCUUGGCCCGGGAAGUGUGAGGAAACACGAAAUACCACUUAGUGCAAUACCUUGCCUUAACUACCGCAAGGCACUGGAGAAAGAGGACGAGUUGAAAAAGGAACUCGCUGCUGCUGCAGCUGCCCAAACGGCGACGGCCGUCGAAAAUGGUAACGAGAAUGGCGAGACGGGUGAUGAAAACCGGGAACCUGCGGAACCGGUCCAAGAACAACGCCAGCUUCACAACGCUCAACUGAGCAAGAUGAUUGCGGGCGCCACAACGACCGCUGAGGCACAGGCGAACGCGAAACUGCUCCCACUAAAGGUAAGCGCCAAAAUUGAAACGGUGACGGAAAACCUCAAAGCACAAUCGCUCUCCUCCGACGCCGUGAUGGAGUACUGUAAGAAGCUGUUCCGCUUCAAAACGAUACGAGUGUUGCGCUUCAAGUCCUGGUCGGCACGGCGCAAGUUCACUAAACACCGCAAGCACAUCAAGAACCUGCAGCGUCCAACGCUUCCCGAUGGCACCAAACUGAUCACCUUUCCCAUGCUGAACAUCGAGGACGAGCAGGGCAAUCCACACGCGCGUCCCAAAAAGGAGUGGAUCAUGAACCCGAACGGCAAGAGCUACGUUUGCAUUCUGCACGAGUAUGUCCAACACGCGCUACGCAAGCAGCCGACGUACGAGUUUAAGGAGCUGGAAAAUGCGGCAACACCCUACUCGGCAACGGUCACGAUAAACGAUCUGAAGUAUGGCACCGGUUACGGGACGAGCAAGAAGCAGGCGAAGAGUGAGGCCGCCCGCGAAACGCUGGAAAUACUGAUCCCCGACAUGAAGGACAAGAUCACCAGCAAGGAUGCGAAAAGUGCCACCAACGGUGGCAGCUCCCAGCAGCAGUCGGCCGAUCUGCGCGAGCUGUCCGUGUUCGAUGAGAUCAAGAUCGAGGAUCCGCGGGUGGCGGAGUUUUGUGCCAAAACGACCGAACCGUCGCCACACGCCAUUCUGCUCACCUGCCUCCAGCGCAACUUUGGCCUCGGCGAGGUACACAUCAACUACGAGGUGAACACGAUGAAGCACCGGAAAAACGAGUUCACCAUGACGGUCGGGAAGCACGUGGCGACGGUGGUGUGCAAGAACAAACGCGACGGCAAGCAGCGCGCCUCACAGGCCAUCCUACAGAUACUGCAUCCGCACAUUAAAACGUGGGGCUCGCUGUUGCGUCUCUACGGUAACCGGUCGGUCAAGUCGUACAAGGAGAAAAAGCAGGAAGAACAGGAAAUUACCGUGCUGCAGAGCAAAGCCGCCAUUAACCAACCCAACUAUGCGAUCCUGGAGAAGCUGAAACGAGAAAUGUCCAAGCUGGAGGAGCGUCAGCGUAAUGUGCGUGUAAUUGGAAAGUUUGUGCCUCCGUCGGAUGUGGAACUGCCGACCGGUGCCGGGACAAACUUGAAAAACGUAGACCUCUAAUCAACAGCCAUCUCGCAUCCAUCACCAACCGCACUAUCUUCAUCGUACUUGAAACUGUUCCACAAUACCAGUGAAUGUCACGAUCAGCGCAUUAGCCUGGUUUAUAGGGCUUUGCUGCUGUCGUAAACUAAUUGCAAAUAGUAAAAUAGGAUUAAGAGUAGUUUAGUGUAAAUUUUACCAUGAUCCGCUCAAUCAAGCCAAUUUUGUAAUGAAACUAUGCUUUAAGUUUUACAUAACUCAGUCCUUCUCCUGUUUGAUUGAGAAAGUUUUAACAUGUUGACAUAGUAACGCACAUAAUGAUGUUUUCUAACCGCUACUGGGCCAUAAAGUGGAGCAUUGUAAUGUUUACAGCUAAGCACACUACUGUGAUUUUAUGAAAACUACGGUUUGAACGUUAUUGUGCUACGUUUCCGUAGGUCCAUAUUUCCGCAAUUUUUAGUCUACAUAGUUUUGAAAGUUUUGGAGGAGGGACAAUGGAGGAGUCGAUAUAAUGACGAGCUCUACGAACUGUACCUCACCGUCGUACAGCGAAUUAGAUUCGC